UAUCUAAAUGAUUUGUUUGAUAUGAAAUAGAUUUUUUUUCGAUCCGAGUUGUUUGUUGCAACUUUCUCAAUUUGUAUAGACUCUACGUCCGACUCAUACGUUAUUCGGUACAAGUCGUUUUUUAAUAAUUUUCUCCAAACAGACGCAACAUAUGGAAGUAAGAUUAGCAUCGAUCAAAAGCGAUUAUUUUUCGCCGUAAGCCUUUAACCCCUUUUAUUUUUCGCAACACUCCCUUUUUAAGGUGAAGUUUUAUCCUGUUUAUAUCUUCAAAACAAUUAGAAAUAAUAGUGAUCAUUUUCUAAGACAAAAUAUGGAUAGAUACAGAAUUUUAUUAUUUUUGGCAAAAAAAGGUCUGGUUGUAGAUUAAAAAUGAUUUUCUAAAGAAUUUUAAUUUCAUCCAUUUUUUUAUUACAUUAAAAUUGUCCUUAAAAAGAAGUAUGACUCUAGUAUUGACACAUUGAGUCUGAGUCUACGGGUAUAUUUGAAUCCUUGAUGUAACUUGGGUUCCCAGGACUCCAGGGGUAAAAAUGGUUACCCUGGUUAACCUUGGACCAAGAGAGAUGGUUCUCCUUCUUCUGCUUCUAGUUCUUUCUUGGAAACCUGAACCAGCACAUGCAGGUGUAAUGAUUAUGAAGUGCUCGUCAAAAUAUGAACUAGUGGGAGGAACGAAGUGCUUUAUGACGACAUCGUUCCAAACCUCUAGAAAUUAUGACCAAACAAUUAAACAGUGUAACACUGAUGCUGAAGAGAAUGGAUACCUGGCUCACAUCAAGGAUACAGAUUUACCAUCUCUAGUAGAAUGGUUAAAAACUAAACAUCAGGGAACAACAACUCAGAAGAUGUUCUGGCUCGGAGUAAAGUGGGAUGCUCAAAAAAGUCAGUUCAUAUCUGAGAAGACUGGAGAGGAAUCAAGUUUAUCGUAUUUUGAGAGUCGUCAUCCUGUAGAGGGAACUUGUCUUAUUCUUUCUACAGUCGAUUGGAAGGUUACCAACAUACCGUGUGAAAAUACAAAGGAGGAAAAUUUAGUCGAAUACCAGCUUUGUCAAGGAAUAGUCACUGGUUCUGUUGUCACAAAUACAGUAUGCCCCAAAAAUUAUGAAAUAGCUGGGAAAACCUGUUAUCUUAUUCCUGGAGAAGAUAAGCAGAAUUAUGAUGAUGCUAAGAAAAAUUGUAAAAAGUAUGAAAACGGAGUUCUGCCAGUGGUAUCAAAGGAUAGUUUGCCUGUUCUUGAGGACUGGCUGAAAAAACAGGACAAAUAUAAGGAACAUUUUUGGUGGCUAGGGAUAAAAUACAAUGACACAGAACAAGCGUUUUUGAUUGAGGAUACAACCCGGGUAACCGAUCUAGAGAUUGAUAUGACAAAUCCAUCGGAUACCUGUUUAAUUAUUCGGAUUCGCUAUUCAAGUUCAAGCUUGAAUGUAUGGAAAAUUGGUUGUGAUAAAAAGGAAUUUUACUCUGAUAAGCAGCAAGUGCUGUGUGAAGCGGUCCCAAUUAUAAAUGCUACCACAGUGAAAAAGAUGUCCUCUCUCCAUUGUGCUGAAAAAGUGUCUGAUAUUGAUAACUUCUGCUACCAUCAUGUGGAUGCUGUGUGUGGUUCUGGAUGUGAUUUUAAAUCAGCUGAGCAGAUUUGUGAUUACGUAGAAGGAAAUACCAUCGAACUAAGACCUAGCGGAAAUGGCGCCACUAUCGAUUCUAUUUUAAAAGUCAAAUCUGAAACUCCAUUUUGGAUUGAUCUGAAGGCGGAUGUAAAGCAAAGGCGGUUUAUUUGGAACUCUGAUGGCGCCUACUUGAAACCAGAGCUAAAUGAUCCUCUUUGGAAACAAGAUCCGGUUAAAGAAAACUCCUGUGUAGUCAUGUUUAAAGGAGAAUUAAAGGUUGUUCUGUGUACUGCAACGCAGGUGGAUGGGACUUCAGUAUCAGCUGUUUGCCAGAAACGUGUCACGUGUAAAAUUACUGGUUCAGUCGAUGGAACAGUAAUAGAAACUAAAGAACUGGAUUGUAGUAAAGCAUGGACAGAUUGUCAGAGGGAAUGUGAAUCUAAGAUUGGUUGCACACACUGGACAUUCGAGGAUCGGGAGAACGAUCAAAAUAAAAAAUCUUGUAUUCUUUACAAGGAAUUUACUUCCUAUAUUCUUGGUAAUGAUUACAAGCUUACAAGUGGGGCAGUAUUUUGUAUAAAACAAGCUGGCUGUACUCCUGCUGAUCCUUAUAUCAUCAAGAGUCUGGAAGAAGAAGGGUUGUCUAAUCAAGCGAAAAAUUUUCUCUUUGUAUCAAGCUGUCAGGCUCCAGAGUAUUGGCUUGCACCACAGACUUCAACCGUAGAUCCGUAUUUUGUUCUGGAUUAUUCGUGUCAAAGAAACGUUGGAAACAUUAUUAUGAAGAUAAUUAAGGAAGCUCCAGGACCCUUCAAAGUUAAUUUUGAGCUGUCUACUGAUCUGAGAACUUGGACGGAUAUGGGGAAUAUAGAUCUUACAGACACAGAGACAGAGAACUGCAAGAUGGGUUUGAUAAAAGGCAUUUUGUCUGGUGCAAAAUUUCGAUAUUUGAAGUUGACCGCAAAAAGACCUCAAGAUUCUUCGCGACUAGGACUUGAGAGUUUCAGAAUGCUCUCGUUGAAUUUAGAUGAUUGCUCUAAUGAUAACAUAGAUCUGAUUGGAAAGAUUGAUUCUUCAAAAGUUCCAGAUUUAGAAUCAGAUAGAAGCUGCUCGGAGCAUUGCUGGAUCAAUACAACGUGUCAUGCUUGGUCCUUUAACGAGACUAGCAAGGAGUGUUCACUGAUGUCUGGGUUUCAAGAUACGGAAAGAAAGAAUUCAAUAAAAUCAGGACUUAGUUGCUUAGCCCCUCCAGUUUGUGGGCCGGGAUUCAUCCUGAACCACGGAACUAUUUCUAAUGUUCUUCCUCCAACAGAAGAGAGAGUUCAGGAAUCCUUUGUCUGUGGAAGAAAAUGUAAAGAAGAUACAAAAUGUAUAGGAUAUAUUUAUGAUUUUAAGCAAAAAACUUGUUUUUUUUUCACUGAUGGAACUAACGGUGGAACAGGAAAUGAUGUAGUUUCUACGACAAAGGUUCAAUGUUCAAUUGUUCCAUCAACAGAUGUAACUGUAGAAACGCCAGCUAAAGUGGCAACAACUACAACAGCUACAACAACUACAGCAGCUACAACAACUACAACAGCUAUAAAAACUACAGCAGCUACAACAACUACAACAGCUACAACAACUACAGCAGCUACAACAACUACAAUAACUACAACAGCUACAACAACUACAGCAGCUACAACAACUACAACAGCUACAACAACUACAGCAGCUACAACAACUACAAUAACUACAACAGCUACAACAACUAUAGCAGCUACAACAACUGCAACAGCUACAACAACUACAGCAGCUACAACAACUACAACAGCUACAACAACUACAGCAGCUACAACAACUACAAUAACUACAACAGCUACAAGUGCAACAUCCAUAACAACUACAACAGCUACGACAACUACAGCAGCUACAACAACAACAACUGUAAGAAAGUCUAGAUGUUUGUUUUAUUCGAUGAUGCUGGUUGGAGGGAAAGGUUUGAGUGCAUCUGUUCCUAUUCUGAUGAUUUCUCCAGGUUUGCUGUUCUACCAACCAGUUUCAUUCUUGGCGGCCAUCUUGUGCAGGUUAUUUCAAGAUGUCCUGUAGAAUUACUCUGUGUCCUAUGCAUUGCAGAAGCAAACUUUCUCGCAUUUUAUUCAAAAUCCAGAUUGAAAGAAGUGUGAAGAUCAGUCAUGGUUCCAUGUUCCCCAUCUUCAUUCACGUUAAGUUUGGUGUGACCUGUUUGCCAACAAUAUGGUUGGGCCUGGUUUAACAUUGGUAGAAAGUUUGGUUUACCAAUUCC